UCGGAAAUACCGAAGGUUUGUCUGGUUAAUAAAUAUGUAGUCUCCCUCCCUCCGUUGAUCUCUCCAAUCUCCCCCUGCAUCUCUCUGCAAAUUUUACAUGAAUCAUAUAACAACUUUUGUUUUGUUUUUCUUAUUUUUCGUGAGUGUAUAAUGUAUUCGAAAAAGUGCAUGUUUUUUGUAUUUAAAUUCGUAAACUCACCACCCGGUUCUCCCGUUCCUUUCUGACGACCGAAUUCUUAGCUCAAACCCCGCUACACUUUUCUCGAUGGGGAGGGUCAAGCUCAAGAUAAAAAGAUUAGAGAAUACCAGUAACCGCCAGGUUACUUAUUCCAAGCGCAGAGGUGGAAUCUUGAAGAAGGCUAAGGAGUUGUCGAUAUUAUGUGACAUUGAAAUCGUCCUUCUGAUGUUUUCUCCAACGGGAAAACCCACAAUGUUCACCGGAGCUCGCAGCAAUAUCGAGGAUGUGAUUGCAAGAUUUGCUCAGUUAACUCCUCAAGAAAGGGGGAAAAGGAAAUUGGAGAGCCUUGAGGUUUUAAGAAAAACUUUUAAGAAGCUUGAUCACGAUGUAAAUAUUGAUGAGUUUUUGUGUUCAAGUCAUCAGUCGAUUGAGGAAAUGAGCAACCAUGUAGGUAUGUUGCGAGCUCAAGUGGCAGAUGUGCAUAAAAGAUUAAGCUACUGGAGUGAUCCAGAUAAGAUUGACAAUAUUGAACAUCUUAGGCAUAUGGAAGAAUCACUAAGUGAAUCCCUUAGCCAGAUUCGUAUCCACAAGGAAAAUUUUAGGUCUCACCAGCUCUUGCAGCUAGAUUGCACUAACCAGUACCAAAAUGGGAUGCAUUCUUCUCUGAUGAUUGGUGCUAUGCAAGAGUCCCAACCCUUGUCAUGGCUUCCCUCUAACGAAAAUCACCAAGUAAUACUACCUGCCGAGCCAAGUUAUAUGCAAGGAAGGGAUCCAGUGUGUUCCAGAGACAUAUCACUUCCCAGUUAUUCUGGUUUGUUUGAGACUGGCAAAGAAACAGAUAUCGAUAAUACGGGACAGAUAGAUAAUACAAGACAGGAAAGUUCUCUUAAUGAACCAAGUAGCACAGAUUGCUUAAAGCUACAACUCAGUGAACAUUAUCCGUUCCAUGCAUAUAGCAAUCUAAAUUUGGCAAAUGCGGGGAAACUAGAUGCUGGCACAGAAGCAAACCUUCAAGCAAACCCUGUCAGUUAUCACAUCAAUAACAGUUAUGAACUUCCUAGGCCUAUCUACAACCAUAUGCAUCAAAAUUGGAUCCCUGAAUCUGGUUCUCACAUUGUUCCCAUGUUUAUUGAGAGCUCGUACUCAAAGCAGCCAGAUUAGCUACUGAAUGCAUGCAGGAUAACUCAUCUGCAUCAUGGACACAACUUGAAUUGGAGUUUGCAGUGCUUGAUAUGAUUGUCCCAGAAGGUUACAACAUACUUUACGAUACCAGAAGUUGGUGUAAUACCUACAUAGUUAACACAUUCGGGCUAAUAUAUGGAAUCAGUGGUCGAAGCUCUGAGAUCAGCUGGUUUUCACUUAGUUUUUCACUUGUAUCUGGCAAUGUGCAAUAUUUCAAUUACUGCAGAUGUAUAGUAUGAGAAUAUAUAUGGAAGAAAAUGAAUGAAAAGUGAGUCAUGUAUAAUAUUUUAUUUUUAAUGCAUACCUUAUAGGUUAUAUGUUAUAACAA